UCGUCAUUCCUCCUGACAGUACGAAAGGAGAGAGAGAGAAAUAAAGUGCUAGGCUCACUCAGGACCUGCAGGUAUUACUAAAAGCAAAGAGGGCCGAGGUAUAUACGCCAAAGAAUUCAAGAUGGUGCAGUUCAAAGUCUUCAAGAAAGCUUCUCCCAACGGCAAGCUGACUAUCUACAUGGGUCGCCGUGAUUUCGUGGAUCAUGUGUCGGCUGUUGAUCCCGUUGAUGGCGUCGUGGUCAUCGACCCAAGCUACCUCCAGGGGCGCAGGAUCUUCGGCCAGCUCGUCUGCAGCUUCCGAUACGGCCGAGAGGAGGACGAAGUCAUGGGCCUCAACUUCCAGAAGGACCUGUACUUGGCGUGCGAGCAGAUCUACCCACCCAAGGAGGACACGGAGCCCACGAAGCUCCAGGAACGCCUGAUCAAGAAGCUGGGCGCAAACUCCUACGCCUUCACGUUCAAGAUGCCCGAACAGGCUCCUCCUUCCAUCACCAUCCAGCCCGGCAGAGACGACGAAGGCAAACCCUGCGGUGUUGAGUACUACAUCAAGGUUUACGUGGGAGAUAAUGCUGAAGAUCGUAGCCACAAGAGGUCAACAGUUCAGUUGAAUGUUCGUCGCAUUCAGUUCGCUCCAAGCAAAUCUGGCCGUCAGCCCACCACCAUUGUCCGCAAGGACUUCCUGAUGAGCCCUGGUGAACUUGAGCUGGAAGUGUCCCUCGACAAGCAGCUUUAUUAUCAUAACGAGAAGAUUGCCAUCAAUGCCACCAUCAGGAACCACAGCAACAAAACUGUAAAGAAAAUCAAGGCCGCUGUCCAGCAAUCUGUCGAUAUCUGUCUGUUCAGUGGUGGACAGUAUCGCAGCAAUGUUGCCAGUGUUGAGACGCAGGAGGGUUGCCCAGUUACCCCUGGAUCCGCCCUUCAGAAGGUGCUGUACUUGACUCCAACGCUCUCAUCCAACAUGGACCGCCGUGGUAUUGCCCUUGACGGUCACCUCAAGAACAUCCACACGAACUUGGCCUCUUCUACUCUCCUGGCCAAUCCAGAGAACCGUGACAUCUUCGGAAUGGUCAUCUCAUACACCGUUAAGGUCAAGCUCUACUUGGGUGCCAUGGGCGGUGAAGUGACUGCUGAGCUGCCUUUUGUUUUGAUGCAUCCCAAGCCCGACAUGAGAGCUCUGAUGCGUUCUGACAGCCAGGCUCAGGUGGAGGCCUUCCGCUCUGAGAGCAUGGGAGCCUCUGUUGACCAGGACUAAGAACACCCGCAGUUUUGAAGGGAAAACAACCCCAGAAGAUGGAAACUCUUUCGUCAUUACCACGAAGACAAAUUAGUUGUUCGUCAUCAAGAAAUGAAAACUUGUCUUUUCCAUCAGAGAGAGACUGCGUAUUCUACCUUCCUGAAUUCUGUAGUCUCCUUCUUCAGUGCAGAGGGGUUGUUUCAUCUUUGAAAAUUCCAUACUUUCCCUCCAUGAAUUACCUAGCCCAAGUUAUAUGCCAUGAAAUCCCCUUUUAGAAAGUUGUUGAAAGCCCUCGUCCUCACAUUCCAACAAUUUCUUUACAAAAGUGAAUAAAUUAUCUUUUCUGUGAUACAGUUCUAGAAAACACGGUUCUAGACCAUUCGAACGUCCAAUGAUGGUUUGGGUGUUUUCUAAGUGCUACUUCUAGAUAGAAAGUGCAGCCAACAGGACUACUGUGAAAUCGAAAUUAGAAAAAUGCUGGAAAUGGAGUCCAGUGUUUUUCAGGGUGAAUGGACCAUUGAAAUCGUGCAUUUUUUUGCAAAAAGUGGCCAACUUAUGGACCGAUGAUGUCUUUAAAAAUAUUGAAGUUUGCUCAAACGAAGCUUUCAAGUGGUUUGAAGAAACAAAUUGUAUUAAAAAAAAAAUUUUUAAAUAUGAAAAAAGUGCUGUUGUGAAAUGAAUUCGAAGAUCUUUUGCAUUUUUUUUUUUUUUUAGGCCAAGGUGGUAUUUUCAAACUUUGAUGUCUGAAAGAAUUUUAACAGCAGGUGAAAAUUGUCAGUUUUGACUGUAGACUUCUGUCUAGCUUAUGGAUUUUUCAUUUAUUUGUCAAUUGUGUUUUCCUUUGACUCCUGUCAAAAUGAUUGGUAGAUGUUAUAUACUUACUAGAUCUAAUCAAAUAAAACUUUAGAUCCCAAAAUAAACAA